ACCAAAAUAUGGAACCCUAUCUGGGACUGGGGCACAACGAACCGGGCGGGUUCUUCUGGCCGAAUUUACCCGCUAGUCACACGUUUGUGGGAGGCGUAUCUUUUCUGGCCCGAACCGACCCGUUGCAGUCGUCUCCCUUUCUUCCUUCCGUUCAUUUUGCCGUCAAGAGGGGACGGGAAGGGAAGGGAACCAGACAGAUAUGGCGAGCACUCCUCCGUUAUUGUCAUCGCCUUUUCUCAGUUCCAGAACUUUUUCUCCCAACCGCCGUCUUUCUCCUCCCAUGUUUCAGAAGUCGUCGGCCAGUCAAAGUCUCCUGCGGUCGUUCCUGCUUCGAAGUAAGGGAUGUUAGCUACCGGCCUCCGGGGACACAAGAGAACCUUUUGAAUGGAGUUAGCAUUUCCCUUCCUGAAAAUAGUCUUGGCUUGAUUUUUGGACGGAGUGGAAGUGGGAAAACUACUCUCUUGCAGCUUAUUGCAGGGCUUAGCAAACCAACAUCAGGCUCCAUUUAUGUUCAAAGAUAUGGUAAUGAUGGCAAGCCAAAUCAGUCUCCUGAGCAGUUAACUCCUGAAAGAGUUGGUAUUGUUUUUCAGUUUCCUGAGAGGUAUUUUGUGGCAGAUAAUGUUCUUGAGGAGGUUACAUUUGGAUGGCCAAGGCAAAGGGGUGGCCUUCAAUUGAAAGAACUUCUUGCUUCAAGACUGCAUAGAGCUAUUACUUCGGUUGGACUGCAUGGGAUCUCCUUGGAUAAAGACCCUCAAUCUCUAAGUGGUGGAUAUAAACGACGGUUGGCAUUAGCAAUUCAAUUAGUGCAGUUUCCUGAUUUACUGAUACUGGAUGAACCUCUUGCUGGUCUUGAUUGGAAGGCACGUGCAGAUGUUGUGAAGCUGUUGAAGCAGUUAAAGAAAGAACUGACUUUACUUGUCGUGAGCCAUGACCUCAGGGAGCUGGCCGGGCUAGUUGAUCGAUCUUGGAAGAUGGAAAUGGGUGGAGUACUCAAGGAAGAGCCUCUACCAGUUUACUAGUCCCAGCCGUCAUGGCAGCAGUGGCCAGGAAGCAGCCAAAGUUUCCUUUUUCGGUGCGCCUGAGCAUGACACAUCAACUAUGUUGCUGCCGCUCUUGGGGGGAGGGGGGAGGGGGCGUCGCAAAAUUGUACACAUACGAACCCCAAAUCCCAUAAAACCAACCAAUGCUACGGUGGCUGUUGUUUGCGUGUGAUAAUUGUCUGUAAAGACCAAUUCCAAUGUUAUCAACCAAAUCGAUGUAAACGGAAACGUAGCUGAAAUGUUAACCGAUGCUUAUUCGUCACCUUAACGUGUCCCCAACGUCUUCUGUAUUUUUCUCUCUAUUAUAAUAUGUAAGUAUUAAUUGCAAUCGCACCAA